UGGCUUUAAUGUAUCUGAAGACGACACCUUAAAAAUAAAAGGUGGAGAGAGGAGCAACGAAUAUUACAUUCUUCUUCUCUUCGACUCUUUUUUUGCCCUCUUCGUUAGGGUUUCUGCUUUUCUUGAUGAUCUUUGAAGGAAUUCGAUUUCUGUAAAUGCAUUCGGUUGUUAUUGGACUGUAUCAAGUUAUUAGCGUCUUGUUCUUGGUUGAUUUUAUCUUUUUUGCUCUCGAUCGAGGGUCUUCUUUUGAAAAGCUUUGCGAUUUCGGAUCUUUGUACCCAUGCCUGCUCUCGUCAACUAUAGUGGAGAUGAGGAUUUCUAUCCUGGCUCUAUGUACUCGAAUCCCAUGGAUUCGAGCCUCGUGCUUUCUCUUGGUUCUCAUGUGGAUGUCUACUGUCCUCCUCGGAAGAGAUCACGUAUCAGUGCACCUUUUGUGUUCAGAGGAGAUAAGUUUGAACAGAAGAAGCUUCCCUCUAUUGAUGUUCUUCCCGAGGAGUGCCUUUUCGAGAUCUUCAGAAGAUUACCCCCUGCAGGCCAGGAGAGGAGUGCCUGUGCUGGUGUCUCAAAGAGAUGGCUCACACUUCUGAGCAGUAUGCGUAGCACUGAAAUCUGUGGCAGCAGAAACACUGAAUCCUUGAAUCUUGAUGGAGGACUAGUUUCAAGUAACACGGAUGAGUCUUCAAAGCUUGACAAGGAGAGUCCUCUUCCAGUUUCCAUUGAUAAUGAGGAGCCAUAUCUUGAGAGUGAUGGACACCUUACCAGGUGCUUGGAAGGGAAGAAGGCUACCGAUAUCAGACUUGCUGCCAUCGCUGUUGGAGCUAGCAGUCGUGGAGGGCUGGGUAAGCUUUUGAUCCGAGGAAGCAACAGCACACGUGGGGUCACCAAUUUUGGUCUUUCAGCAAUUGCACGUGGUUGCCCUUCCGUCAGGGUUCUCUCUCUUUGGAAUGUGAAUUCUAUCAGUGACGAAGGCAUAUCAGAGAUUGCAAAUGGGUGCCAUAUGUUGGAGAAACUGGACCUUUGCCAGUGUCCUCAAAUAUCUGACAAAGGCUUGCUUGCAAUUGCAGAGAAUUGCCCAAAUUUGACUUCUCUAACAAUUGAAUCUUGCCCUAAUAUUGGGAAUGAGGGUCUCCAAGCACUUGGCAAACGGUGCCCCAAUCUGCAGUCUAUUUCAAUCAAAGAUUGCCCUCUUGUUGGUGAUCAAGGAAUUGCAAGUCUUUUAUCUUCUGCCACUUAUGUCAUGACGAAGGUGAAGUUGCAUAGUUUGAGCAUAACGGAUGUCUCUCUUGCUGUUUUAGGCCACUAUGGUAAGGCCAUUACAGAUAUUGUCCUUACUGGUCUCCAGAACGUGAGUGAGAGGGGCUUUUGGGUCAUGGGUAAUGCUCAUGGUCUGCAGAAGCUCAAGUCCAUAACAAUUACUUCUUGCCGUGGGGUAACAGAUCUUGGUCUUGAAGCUGUCGGAAAGGGUUUUCCUAACUUGAAGCAGUUGUGCCUUCGCAAGUGUUCUUUCCUGUCUGACAAUGGACUGGUAGCUUUUGCCAAAACAGCAGCUUCCCUUGAGAGCCUGCAAUUGGAGGAGUGCAACAGGAUCACACAGUGUGGGGUUCUUGGUGCUCUCGCGAACUGUGGAGCAAAGUUGAAGGCUCUCAGCCUGGUUAAAUGCAUGGGCAUUAAGGAUAUGGUUUUGGAUUUGCCUAUGCUCUCUGCUUGCAAUUCUCUGAGGUCCUUGGCCAUUCGGAACUGCCCUGGAUUUGGUAGCUCAAGCUUGGCUAUGGUGGGUAAGUUGUGCCCACAGCUGCAAAACAUUGACCUUGGUGGGCUUUGUGGAAUAACUGAUGCAGGGCUUCUCCCACUCCUUGAGAGCUGUGAAGCAGGUCUUGUGAAACUUAAUGUCAGUGGCUGCGUGAAUUUAACAGAUGCUGUGGUCAAAGCCAUAGCCAGGCUUCAUGGUGGGAGUCUCCAACUGCUAAAUCUUGAUUGCUGCAGGAAGAUCACUGAUGCAAGCUUAGUGGCAAUCGCAGAGGACUGCUCAUUGCUCCAUGAUCUUGAUGUCUCCAAGUCUGCAAUCACCGACUUUGGAGUUGCUGCUUUGUCGUCCGCAAAACAGCUUGACUUGCAAAUACUUUCUUUGUCAGGCUGUUAUAAUGUGACAGACAAGAGCAUUCCCUUACUGGGAAAACUGGGGCAGAAUCUUGUUGGGUUAAACCUCCAGCAAUGCAAGUCAAUCAGCAGCAGCUCAAUUGAACUACUUGUGGAGCAUCUGUGGAGAUGUGACAUCCUUUCCUAAAUAUGGAGGGGAAGUGAAGGAUUGAGGUUGGCUGGAACCAUGAGUUUGCAGUUCUCCAGCACCUUCUAACGUAUAGCAGCAACAGCAGCAGCAGCAAAGCCCAUAUAGGGCGUCUUUAUUCUAGCGUAGUUUUUGGGCUCAUAUGCAGUGGGUCUUACGAUCUUCUCACACAGUGACUUGGUUGUUUUCCAGGGACUUUGGCAUACCACUCCUUUUUUGCAGGUAUCAGUACCUGUUUCAAGUGUUUUGGCUACCAUUGAUGGGAUGCCUUCUGGCCACAGUUCCUGUGAAUACAGUUACCAGGUUCUGGUUUUAGGUUUUUUUUUUUACGUGUAGUUCAUGCCUCUCAUUGUAUCUGAUAGGGUCAUGGUUUUUAGCAUAGCCUCGUGAUAGCCAUGUUGGUUAGCGGGUGCUAGGCUUCCUUUGCUCAGGUCAUACACGUCAGUUUUUGGGUCUAUCCAUGUUGGUUUUACCUGUUUGAACUUUUUAGUGUUCUUGAUGGUUGGGUCUCUGUUUUCCGUCAGGGUCUGGUUCAUAGUCGUGUUGUUGUAGUUGCUUUUGGCAGUUCUUCAAAGUUUGGUGCCUGAGAUUGAUGGGGGCUUUGGCAGUGGCAGCCGCUUCUUUUGGUUUGCCAUGACGACCUUGGGUCGUUUUUUCAUUCCAAGCCCUAGUUUUACAGGCUUCUGUUGUGAACUGUACUCUGCAACUUUUUUAUAUGUAAUGGAAUGAAUAUUGUCUCUUGUGUUGUA